AUCAAGACCUUUGAAGAUGCCAUGCGCCAUCUCGAGUUAGAAGAGGAUCAUCUCCUGGCGGCGAAACCAGAAACUGACAUCUAUUAUGCUGGUUCUAGCUCACAUGGGGCUUCGAGCUCCAAGCGCAAGCGCGUCGAAAGGUUUAUGAAGUGGAAAGGCAAGGGAGCAAGUUCUUUGGGUAAGAAACCAAAAUUUAAUCAACAAGACAAAGGAAAGCGUUCUUUUGUUAAGAAGAUGUUGAGGGUGAAAUGCUACAACUGUAGCAAGAAGGGCCACUUCGCUCGCGAUUGCGGCGAGCCAAAGAAGAUUCGGGAGCAACAGACCAUGUAGCGAAGGACAGAGAUGCCUUCGUGGAGUUUCGACGGGUUCCGACCGGAA